AUUCUCCACGCUCUCCCCACCUCUCCUCGCAAAUGAAAAAAAAACCAAAAACAAAACAAAAAACAAACAAAAGAAAAUAACAAAUUAAAUAUAAAAAAUUAAAAACUGUGCUUUUGUAGGGGAAAAAUGGCGUCUGCGGCAACAAUUCCACCAUCAUUUAAUUAUGUUAAUAAUUUGUAUCAUUAUCAUCUAUUUUCUGCUGCAAUCAAGCCCCACUCGUUGAGAAUUAUCAGAGUUACUCAAUGUCAUGUUCAUAAACUAAGCAAAGGAAAAGCACAUCAUGUCAAAAUUAAGAAUUUAAAUGGUUCUUCAAGGGCUAUGGUGCAAAAUAGCAUUUACAUCCUUGAACCAUCAAUAGUACGAGGAAUUGUGCUCGACAUUGAGGGAGCAACAUCUCCGAUAUCAUUUGUUACUGAUGUUUUAUUUCCCUAUGCUCGAAACAACGUGCGGAAGCAUUUAACGUGGACAUACGACAGCGAGGAAACGAAAGAUGAUAUUAAGCUGCUGUGCGAGCAAGUCGAGGAUGACUUGAAGCGAGGGGUUUCAGGGGCAGUUCCAAUUCCACCCGAUGAUGCUGGAAAAGAGGAAGUGAUCGAUUCCUUAGUCGCUAAUGUCGAAGCCAUGAUCAAAGCAGAUCGAAAAAUCACAUCACUUAAACAGCUGCAGGGCCAUAUAUGGAGGACAAGAUUUCAGAACAAGGAACUGCAGGGGGUUGUUUAUGAUGAUGUUCCUGAGGCUCUUAGAAGGUGGCAUGCUAAUGGAAUAAAGGUUUACAUAUAUUCAAGUGGUAGUAGAGAAGCUCAGAGACUUAUAUUUGGAAAUACUACUUAUGGGGACUUGAGGAAGUACCUGUGUGGGUUUUUUGAUACCACAGUGGGAAAUAAAAGAGAAGCGCGCAGCUACUUCGAAAUCGCGCAGUCGGUCGGAGUAGACGAGCCAUCACAAAUCUUGUUCAUUACUGAUGUUGUUCAAGAAGCAAUCGCAGCGAAAUCCGCAGGUCUUCAAGUACUAAUCUCGGUUCGCCCCGGAAACGCACCUCUCCCUGAAAAUCACGGAUUCGAGACGGUGAAUUCAUUCGCUGAAAUUUUGAAUUAACUUAAAAAAGAUGUACAAAUUUCCUGAUGGUUUAUUGCUCAUAGUUCUUGUUAGCAUUGUAUGUAAACCCUUUUGUGGGCCAAAUUGUCUCUACUCAAAUGUAUCAUAAUUUUUUUUUGUUUACUA